AUGGAACCAAACACACCUGCAGAGUUCUUCCAGGGGUCUUCCAAGUUUCAUACAUAUUACUCGCAGACCAAGAAGGGCGGUGGCGUAAUCGAUCUAGGCCUCAGCCUUAGGACCAUACAACAUGAAACUUACCUCCCAUCGGGGCGAAUGAUAGGUCUGGACGGGUACGGAGAGCUCAUAGACUGGUCGCAGCCCAGCUAUAACAGCAAUAAACAACCGAAGAGUGAGGAAACUGAAAACCAAAAACUUGCUCAAGGAUACUACGACGAUGAAGAAGAGAGCAUAGGCAAAUUGGCUUAUGUAAAGGUGAAUAUGGAUGGCCUAGUGGUAGGCCGCAAGGUUUGCCUUCUUGAUCAAGGAGCCUACUCAAAUCUCGCUCUUCAGCUCGACAAUAUGUUUGGGAUGCAGACUGUGUCGGGAUUGCGGUUGUUCCAGGCUGAGUCUGAGUUCUCUUUGGUCUACAGAGACAGAGAAGGUAUCUGGAGGAAUGUUGGGGAUGUUCCAUGGAAGGAGUUUGUCGUAAUCGUGAACCGGAUGAGAAUCGCAAGAAGAAACGAAGCUCUUCUUCCCUUUUAA